AUGGAGUCGGUCAGCUCCCAGGCUGGUUACAUGGAGUCGGCGGUCUACAACCCGGCAGACCCGGCCGUCAUCGUGGUGGUGGGCCAGCACCUGCUCAAGAUGCUCCGCCUCACUGAAGGGUCUCUGCGCCAGUUCGGCCAUCAACGCGUCGAAAACACCAAUUAUCUGUGCGCCGCGUGGGCGGGCCAGAACCGGCUACUGGUGGGCACGGACCAGGGCCGCGUGGUGUUGUACGACGCGGCCGAGCUGAAGGCCGAGUUCCGGCUGUCGGAGGCGGCCAGCCGCGAGCCGACGGCCGAGCCAGAGCGCCGCUCGACCAGCGCCGCCCGCUCCAGCUCCGUCAUCUCCAGCGGCGGCGAGCCUGUCACCAGCAUUGUCACCUUCUCAAAGGGGUUCGUGGCCGUGUGCGGCGUGGGCGUGGCACACGUGUUCGACCGGGCCGAGGACCAGACGACGGAGUUCUACCGGCUGCUGCGCACCGUGCACAUACCACAGGACCCGGGCCGCCUGGCGGCCUCGGCCGACCUGCAGGAGGGUAUCACCGGCCUGGCCGUCAGCCCCUCCGAGGAGACACUUGUCGCCGCCUCCACGCGCAGCCAGCUCUACGUCAUCGCCAUGAGCAGCGUCUUCCUCACCAGCAAGGGCGCCGACUGCCUGUUCGAGCACCUGUCGACGCCGUUCCACUACGGCAGCAUCCUGGACAUGGACCUGUCGUUCCGGCGGCCGUUCGCCGUCACGUGCGGCUCCGACCGCACCGUGGCCGUCUGGAACCACAAGACCAUGACGCUGGACGUGUACAAACAGUUCCAGGACGAUCUGCACAGCGUGGCCAUACACCCGCUCGGCUACAGCUUGCUCGCCGGCUUCUCGGACAAGCUGCGCUACAUGAUGAUUCUGAUGAAGACUUGCGACCCAUCAAGGAGUUUUGCCAUCCGCUCGUGCAGCAGUGCGCCUUCAAUCCGUGCCCUCCGCUGGGCGCCGUCGGACAACCGCCUCGUGUCGUGCGGCAUGGAGGGUGCCAUCUAUGAGUGGGACCUGCAGCUGGGGCGGCGCUGCGGCGAGAACGUGCUGCGCGGCUGCAACUACUUCAGCACGGCCGUCUCGCCCGACGCCAAGACCAUCUACGCUGUCGGCUCCGACAAACUCAUCAAGGAGGUGUCCGACUCCCAGGUGAUCCGCGAAGUCAGCUGCCAGGAUGUGGUGCCCACCUGGGUGGCGCUGUCUCGCUCCGGCCGCAUGCUCUUCCUGGGCCUGCAGAGCGGCGUGCUGCGUUCCGUCAAGUUCCCGCUCUCCAUCCCCGGCGAGUGGGAGGAGCACUUCGCCCACAACGACGCCAUCACCAAGAUGGCGGUGCUCGCGGACGAUCAUCCAGGACCCGAGGGCCGUCUCUCAAAGCGGGGAGGGAGCAGCCCCAUUCCUUACGCCAGGGAGAUUCUCGUCUCAAAAGUAGAGCUAGAUGAGAAGACGCGACUCAUCAACGAGCUGAACACGCGCGUCUCGGAGCUGCGACUGGAGAACGAGUACCAGCUGCGGCUCAAGGACAUGACGUACGGCGACAAGAUCCGGCAGCUGACCGAGCGCGCCGACCAGGAUAUCCAGACGCUCAACGACACCAUCGAGAGCCUGAAAGAGGAGAACGAGGCCGACCGUGACGCGCACAAGCAGCAGCUGGAGGACAUCCGAGCACAGCACCAGGAGGAGGUGCAGCUGCUCGAGUCCAACAGCAACGCCAAGCUUAUCGUUGAGUAUGAGAAGUACCAAGCGCUGGAGAACAAGAUGGCCAUGAUGAAGGAAGACUAUGAAAAACAGCUGGUGGAUUGGCCGCCGCCGACCCAGGCGGUGCUGUCCGCCCAGGCCGAGGAGCACGAGGAGCGGAUCGGGAGAAGGUCGCCCUGCUGGAGGAGGCUCACGGGUAGUGAUGAAGAGAAGCGCUUCGUCAGCUUGACAAAGGAGCUGGAGGAGCAGCGACAGGAGAUCCAGCGUCUUCAGGGCGAGCACAGCAAGCUCCAGUCCAUCAUCAAGAACCUCGAGCGCGACAUCAUCGGCCUGAAGAAGGAGGUGCAGGAGCGGGACGAGACCAUCAAUGAAAAGGAAAAGCGCAUUUACGAUCUGAAGAAAAAGAACCAGGAGCUAGAGAAGUUCAAAUUUGUGCUUGAUUACAAGAUCAAAGAACUUAAGAAGCAGAUUGAACCACGGGAAAUCGAAAUAAAAGACAUGAAGGAAACUAUCAACGCUAUGGAGAACGAGCUGGAGAACUACCACAAAAAGAACACGGAGCAGGAGCUGCAGCUGCAGGAGUUCCGUCAGAAGCUGCAUGCCAUCGAGGCUGAGCUGCACCGCGCCGUGCAGCGCAACUUUGACUUCACCGUCGUCAUGAACCGCUACCGCAGCGACCUGUUCUCCUGCAUGGACUUCAUACAGGACCCGAAAAAGCUCAAGGAGAGCAUCAAGGCGCUCUACAGUAAACAUGUGACGUCCGAGAUCCGGCCGGAGAAGCUGCUGGUGGACGACUCCAGCUUGAAGGAGUUCAGCCGACAGCGUGACUACCUGGAGCGCACCGUGGCCGGACUCAAGCACAAGCUGACUAAGGACACGCACCUGCAGCGCGCCGACAAUAUCCGCGUCGUGCAGGAGAACGUGGCGCUGAUCGCCGAGAUCAACAACCUGCGGGCGGAGCUACACGCUCUGCGCAACAGCAUGGACGGCCUAGAGUCGGCGCUGGGGCUGCGCCGCUCCUCGGUCACGCCGGCCGAGGCGCAGGCCAAGCUGGACAAGGCCAUCGUUCGUCUGGACCAGCUGCAGGAGCAGCAGCUGCAGCAGCUGCAGGCCCGGGACCAGGUGAUCGACGCGCAGCGGCACGAGCUGCAGCUGCAGGCCUCGCAGAUCGUGCAGCUGCAGCACGAGCUGGGCAAGUGUCUGGCCUAA